UCGCUCAGUCGGGCUGCUGCCAGCUGGAGAGGAGAGAGUCCUCUAGUUUACGGGCAAAGCGGGGUGUGCGCAAGAGGUGGGGGCGGGCGGACGGCUUCUACCCCACUGCCUACCCAGGUUUUGUGACUUUCUAUAAAAUUACGCCUUCCAGGAUGUUCUGGUGCAUUUUAAUCAUAGGACUCCUGCUCCACCAUUCUGUGGCCCAUACUGACUUCUUCACGUCAAUUGGUCAUAUGACAGAUCUAAUCCACACUGAGAAAGACCUGGUAACAUCCCUGAAAGACUAUAUUAAAGCCGAGGAGCUCAAAUUGGAACAAGUGAAAAAAUGGGCAGAGAAGUUGGAUCAGCUAACAAGCACAGCAACAAAGGAUCCAGAGGGGUUCCUUGGGCAUCCUGUAAAUGCAUUCAAGCUAAUGAAACGGUUGAAUACUGAAUGGGGUGAACUGGAGAAUCUGGUCCUUAAGGAUAUGUCAGAUGGCUUCAUUUCCAAUCUGACCAUUCAGAGACAAUAUUUCCCUAAUGAUGAAGAUCAAACUGGAGCAGCCAAAGCCUUGUUGCGUCUCCAGGACACUUACAAUUUGGAUACAGACACCAUCUCAAAGGGUAAUCUGCCAGGAGUAAAACACAAGUCUUCUCUGACAGCUGAGGAUUGCUUUGAAUUGGGUAAGAUAGCAUACACGGAGGCCGAUUACUACCAUACUGAGCUGUGGAUGGAACAAGCCUUAAAGCAGCUGGAGGAAGGAGAAGUGUCCACUCUUGACAAAGUCUCAGUUCUAGACUAUUGGAGUUAUGCUGUGUAUCAACAAGGGCACUUGGAGAAAGCGCUCCUACUCACCAAGAAGCUUCUUGAACUGGAUCCUGAACAUCAAAGAGCCAAUGGUAAUUUAAAAUAUUUUGAGUAUAUAAUGGCUAAAGAAAAAGAUACCAAUAAAUCUACCACAAAAUCUGCUGCUGACCAACCUGAGCAGGAAAGUGCUUCAAAGAGAAAGGGACGUGCCAAGGAUUACUUGUCCGAAAGGCGGAAGUACGAAAUGCUGUGCCGUGGGGAGGGUCUCAAAAUGACCCCUCAGAGACAGAAAAAACUCUUCUGCCGCUACCAUGAUGGCAAUCGGAACCCCAAGUUUAUCUUGGCUCCAGCCAAACAAGAGGAUGAGUGGGACAAACCUCGCAUUGUUCGUUUUCAUGAAAUAAUUUCUGAUGCUGAGAUUGAAAUUGUUAAAGACCUAGCAAAACCCAGGCUGAGGCGAGCCACCAUUUCAAAUCCAAUAACAGGAGUCUUGGAGACGGCCCAUUACAGAAUUAGCAAAAGUGCCUGGUUGUCUGGUUAUGAGGACCCGGUGGUGUCUCGAAUUAACAUGAGAAUACAGGAUCUCACUGGAUUAGACGUCUCCACAGCUGAGGAGCUCCAGGUAGCCAACUACGGCGUAGGGGGCCAGUACGAGCCUCACUUUGAUUUUGGAAGGAAAGAUGAACCAGAUGCUUUCAAAGAGCUGGGCACAGGCAAUAGAAUCGCUACAUGGUUAUUCUAUAUGAGUGAUGUGUCAGCAGGGGGAGCUACUGUCUUUCCUGAAGUAGGAGCCAGUGUUUGGCCCAAGAAGGGAACAGCAGUGUUCUGGUACAAUCUAUUUGCAAGUGGAGAAGGUGACUACAGUACAAGACAUGCAGCCUGUCCUGUGCUAGUUGGAAACAAAUGGGUAUCCAAUAAAUGGAUUCACGAACGUGGACAGGAAUUCCGAAGACCAUGCACCUUGUCAGAGUUGGAAUGAUGCAGACUUCCCUGUUCCUUCCCUUCUUCCUGUCCUUUAAAUAUGUGUAUUGCAUAGUACACUUUCCAAAUUUAGCAGUUUACAAUCGACUAACAACACUCCACUACAGAUUAAGUCUCAAACCUCAUCCCGUGUUUCAUCUGUGGACAAUCUCCCUUUUUUCCCCUUUUAAACAAAAACAAAACAAAACCUGUUUUUGUAUGUAAAACCUUAGGGUAUCAUGAGAUGGGACAUCACCAAAUAAGGGUCUCAUAUAAGCAGGCAAUAAGACUGCAAUAGGAUAUAUCCGGAGGAGUUUCUUGACUUUCAGAGAAAUAUAAUCUCUGGAUCUCCAAGUAUAAAAUGACUCUCCCAAUCUGUGAAUAGUGGGUUAAGCGUGGGCAAGCUGAUUUUCAAGAGCAGCUUCUUUGGGCUUGGAGAUCAUCUUUACCUAAGCAAUCCCACCCCCUUCAUCCUUUCGUGCUGAGAGUCUGCCUGAAAGCUGGCAGUGUUACAUGGCUGUACUCUACACUUGGUACCCUGUGCAGUUUGACCCACAUAUAUGCCAGCCUGUGGUGAGCUUUUCUGCCUUUUUUGGCACAUCAUUAAUCUCCAUCUUGUCUCAUCCACCUCAGAAGUGCAUUUGACUUAAAGACUCAGAUCAGUUGGUACCCAAAGUAUGUUAGCAGGUUUGCCAAAUAACCUCCUAGAUAUUGGCUUUCCCCAAAAUCCCGAGACAUUGUUGUUUCUCCUCUCUUCUUGAAUAAUUGUGACCAUACAAUUGCUGCUUUUCUCACAUCUUAGUGUUAAUGCUUUGCCAGUUAUUCCUGCCAGAGCAGGAUGGUGACAUUAGCAUUUUGAAUCAACAAGAGUGCCUUAGGAGACUGGAAAGUUAAUGUGCAAGAAAGACCUUUAAGUAAUGAGGUAAAAUUACAAGCAUUGAAAGCUUUUUAUUCCUGAAAAGCCAAAUUGUUUGCUUUUUCAAUUCUGAAAUGUUUUGUGACAAUGACCUAUUAUUUAUAAUCUUAAAUCUUUUUUUUUUAAA